CCCUGCACUGAUCACUUCUUCCCCUCAUGUGUUGGAUACGACCUGCUGGUGUGAGAUGGGUUAGCAUUUGCUCAGUGCUGAAUGCCCUGGAAAAUCUCACUGAUUCCAGCUAAAUUAGGGUCUUACAUUUUCAGUUACAAAAUUGCAAGUCUUGUUAUGAAUAGCAGUUCAUGUGUAGGCUGAAGGACUGCUUUUCUGUCAGGAAGUUCAAGGAACUUAUUUCUCAGUGCUGAAGAAAUGCACACCAUAUAUAACAUGAAAGAGAUGUGAUGCAGACGGGUGUGCUUUGCCAGCUGGGUUUGUGUGUUUGCCCAGCUUUAAGAAUCAGAAUAAUUACAGUCUAAAAACUUAAAUUACUCGUUAAUUAAAAAACAAAAACCUUCAACAUGCAUUUUUUGCUAUUUGUAAGAUGUUUUCCUUUUGAAUAUUCUGUUGUUACAUAAAUUAAUGAGCAAACUUUAAAAAUCCUUUCUCUGCUUUCUAGCUUUUGUCUGAAAUCCAUUGUCAUUCUUUCCAGCUGCUUGGCUUUCAUUACAUUUCUUGUGCCUUGCUAGAUGGUUAAUCUACAAAUCACAAAUGGGUUUUUAUAGGUCUCUUUGAGAUAAUGGACUUUGCUACUGACAACUCUAGUUUGCAGUUGUUAAACGUUGGCCUUGAUUACUUUGUGGUAUGAUGUCGAAGCUGACUGACCUCAGUGAGCCAGAUAUAAAGGUUUUCCUUGGGAGACGCUCGCAGGCCGCUCCAUGAGUCUGCCAUCUUGGUGGAAGACAUCGUCCACACUCAGCUGAUAAAUCUGUUGCAGCAAGCAGCUGAGGUUUCUCAGCUGAGAGGAGCUCGAGUCAUCUCUGCUGAAGACCUCCUGUUCCUAAUGCGCAAAGACAAGAAGAAGCUUAGAAGGCUGCUUAAGUACAUGUUUUUUCGAGACUACAAAUCUAAAAUUGUGAAAGGCAUAGAAGAAGAUGACCUCAUUGAAGACAAGUUCAGCAGCAACAACACCAACAAACGGCAGAAGCUUGCUCAGGACUUUCUCAACUCGAUUGACCAGACAGGAGAGCUCUUGGCCAUGUUUGAAGAUGAUGAGAUUGAUGAUGUCAAACAAGAGCGGAUGGAGAGAGCAGAAAGACAAACACGGAUGAUGGACUCAGUCCAGUACGCAGAAUUCUGUGAAAGUCGCCAGUUGAGUUUUUCAAAGAAAGCAUCCAAGUUUCGUGACUGGUUGGAUUGUAGCAGCAUGGAGAUAAAGCCAAAUGCAGUUGCAAUGGAGAUUUUGGCAUAUUUAGCCUACGAGACUGUGGCACAGUUGGUGGACUUGGCCCUUUUGGUUAAACAAGACAUGACUCCUAAGGCUGGGGACCCAUUCAGUCAUGCCAUAUCUGCCACCUUCAUACAGUAUCACAACUCUACUGAGCCGCAUCUCUUAGGGCAGGCUGCAGGUGUGAAGACUGGCCUUGAGUCUCCUGAAAACACACCACCCCCUACGCCCACCCCACCAGCACCUGCAGGGCAGCAGCAUCUUGGGAAGACACCAUCGGGAGCGCUGGGGAAUGGAGGGAUUGGGCAGGACUCUUCCAAAUCUAAACAGAGGAAAAGGAAAAAGAGCGCUGCAGCCUGUGGUAUGGAGGCUCAAAGCGAUGCCAUCCAGCCCAGCCACAUCAGAGAGGCCAUUCGGCGCUACGGCCACAAGAUUGGCCCCCUAUCCCCAUUCACAAGUGCCUACCGCAGAAAUGGGAUGACUUUUCUCGCCUGCUGAUAUGGAUGUGGCUGCAGCAACAGAAAAGACAGUGUUAUAUUAAGGUGAUUUUCUCUUCCCCUCCACGGAAGGAACAAAAAAACACAAGCUCCAAUGUCUCCGCAUGGCAGUGAGUGGGCUGGUUUGUUGUGACUAUCUGCUGGCUGACUCCGUCUCUCUUUCCAGCCCCCUCAAUCGUUAUUCUUGUUUACUAGCUGGAACAUUUAGCUAAUUAAUGGCAGGAUGUUUGGGAUAGCGUGUAGGUGGAUAAGAAUGCAGAUCGCACCAGUUUGAUGUUUGCAGGGGACUUGCUGCUGUCAGCCCCUUUGUAAAACGCCAUGUCAUCUUUACUCAGUUGUUUGGAAGUCUGUUUUGGUAGCAGUGUUGUUUUGGGAGGCAGGACGGGGCAGAAAGAGGCCAAAGAUAUUCUGAGUUUUCCAUGAUUUUUACAAAAAGUCAAAAACCUGCACUGCUUUCCACUUCCUCCAGUCAUUCCUUCCAGCUCAAUGCAGGAAGGGGCUUUUAGAUAAGAGCAACAGCAGAGAAGAGGCAACCUACACUUUAUCACUCGGGCAACCUACACUUUAUCACAAAGGCUUGUCACAGACCCAGCACCAAAGCAGCCAGCCCCGAAUUCCCAGUGCUGCCAUUUCUCCCUGCUGCACUCCCAUAGGAGCCCAACCCACCAGGGGAAGGCUCUGCAGCCAUUUGGCACAAAUCUGCCCCACUCCCUCAGCAUUUCCCAAAGUAUCCAAACAGCCAUGGCCCCCUCAGCAAUUCUAGAUGCAGGCUGCAUGCAGCAUGCCACCCGAGGAGAUGUUUUCCCCAUCACCAACAAAAGCAACACUGCUGUUGGAUUCAAAGAAGAAAUACGCCCUUCGUUGCCUUUCUGUAUUUCAGCUCACUUUGUUUGUUUUCAGAUCUACUUUUUAAAUCUCAGCCCCUCACUCUACAAUUCUUCCCGUCCCCCUCUCCACCAGCCCAGGCUGUCCUCACCGACGGAUUCGUUUCUUCACAUUAAAUCCGUACAAAUAUAGAGCUAACCACAAGGAGCUGAACCAGAGAGAAGGGCUUAUGCCUCAGCCCAUCCCUGGGAUCUGCUGCCUGUGUCCCUGGGGCAGCCCAGGGGUCUGCAUCAGCCGCCUGGAGCACAGGCUUCAAAUCUGACUUAAACCUCAAAUUAAGACAGAGCACUCAAGGGAUCAAGGGGAGAUCAGCAAAAUAUUACUUUUAUAUAGUGCAGCCGUCCUCCUCCUUUGUGCUGAGUAUGUGAGGUCUUAACUUUUACUCCCACCGCAUGGUAUUGUGGUCAUUUGUAAGUGGUUUUCUUGCCCGGCUUUCCUGGACCUGCUUGCAAAAGCUUUAGAAGUAUCUGUAUAUUAAACAAACAGAAAAAUGCCUCUUCUCCUUGCAACCGAAAUGCUGCCAACAUGACCUUUGUACGUCAGAUAUUACUGCCACUCGUCAGUUGUUUUGGGGUUUUUUUUUUGUGCCUGCUUAACCUUCUGUAUUCUGGAAUUAAUCUGUGUGCAAAGGAGUACAAGCAUACACCACCGGCUAUUAAACGGAGUUGGGAAGCUUUCUGAUGUUCCAUCUGUGCUUGUUGAAAUAUAUGAUUAAACUUUUCUUUUUAUCAUCA